AUGGAUUCAUGCUCAUCAGAAGAAGAUUUAAAAAAGAGAGGUAAAAUUGAUAAAGAGGAUCUCAAAGUAAAAAGCAAACCAGAAAUCAAACCAGCUACAGCAGCAAUAAAGAAUGAGGCACCACCUCCACCAAAAAAAUCAGCACCAGUUUUAGAUAUGUUUAGUGACUCACCAUCAGAUGAAACAUCAGAAGCUCUUCAAGAUACAAAUAUUGUUGAUACCAAUGUUAUUGUUAAUCCAUCUAUUAACUUGUCAGAGAAUUGGGACGAUGCAGACGGUUAUUACAAAUUUAAAGUUGGUGAAAUUAUGGAUAAAUAUCAAAUAUUUGAACCACUUGGAUCUGGUGUUUUUAGUACUGUAGUUUCCGCUAAAAAUACUAAAACUAACGAAGAUGUUGUUAUUAAAAUCAUUAGAAAUCGUCCAUCAAUGAAUAGAGCAGGCCAAAAAGAAAUUGAAAUCCUUCAAAAGAUCAAUAACAAUACCUCAGCAAAUCAAAAAACCCAUUGUGUACAAAUGAAAGAUCAUUUCUCAUAUAGAAAUCAUCUCUGUAUAGUUUUUGAAGCAAUGAGUAUGAGUUUACAUCAAUUAAUAAAGAAGUUUGGCAAGAAUGUUGGUCUUAGUUUAAGUGCAGUUAGAGUUUACGCAAAACAAUUAUUUAUUGCUUUAAAGCAUAUAAAGAACUCUAAAAUAUUACAUUCAGAUAUCAAACCAGAUAACAUUGUAGUAAAUGAAGCAAAGAAUACAAUCAAAAUAAUUGAUUUUGGAUCAGCUGGAGAAACCCACGAAUCUGAAAUCACUCCUUAUUUAGUUAGUAGAUUUUAUAGAGCUCCAGAAAUUAUUUUAGGUCUUAAAUAUGAUUAUGCAAUCGAUGUUUGGAGUGUUGGAUGUUGUUUAGCAGAAUUAUUUACAGGUAGAUUUUUAUUCCCUGGUAAAACAAAUAAUGAUAUGAUUAGAUUGUUUUUAGAAUACAAAGGUCCAUUCCCAAAGAAAAUGUUAAAGAGAUCACAGUUUGUUUCAAAUCAUUUCAAUGACAAUUUGGUAUUCAUGAAGCAAGAGGUUGAUAGUAUAGAAAAGACAAUGAGAAAAGUACCUUAUGACGUAACCAAACCAACUAAAGAUAUACUACACUUUUUACUUCCCAAAGGUGUUCAAGUCCCCGACCAAGAUAUGAAGAAGAUAAAUCAAUUAAAAGACUUAAUUGAAAAAUGUACAGUUUUAGAUCCCGAAAAGCGUAUCACUCCUCAAGAUGCUUUAAACCACGAUUUCUUAAAACCAUUUUAAAUAUUUUAAACUAUUUUAAAUAAAUCAGAAAAUU